AUUGCCAAGUACAACGCCGACGGACAAACGAAUUAUAUUACAAUUGAUGCCAAUUAUUAAAUAAUUAUAGUGUUGUAUUAUUUUAUCAUUACUUUUCCUCGCCGCGACCACAGUCGACACCUACUAUAAUAUUAUAGUCUCGGCCGAGGGCGGUCGACGGUUUAUGGUUACGUUAGUACUUUAGUUCGUCGCUCGCCGCGGCUUUUUGCGGUCGGUCUGUGUAUUUUAUGUCGACGAAAACACUACAACAGUCGUCAAUCAUCAGACCUCAGAGGCUCAGACGUCAGUCGACAGUCACCAUCCAACGCAGAUUGUGGCUUGCUGCUGAUCGGCGUCUUCUAAAGUUCUAACUCGCCAUGACAUCGUCUAAUACCGUCCAAUCGGAAGUAAUGUAAGUUGUAUUGUUACGGAAUACGGAUUAACAUAAUCGAACUACGUUAGAAAACUUCCACCUUCUGAACGUUUUUCAUUAUUACCUAAAAUAAUAAAUGGAGGUAUAGCUGGUAUAAUUGGAGUAACCAUAGUUUUCCCACUGGAUUUGGUUAAAACAAGACUUCAAAAUCAAAAGCCAGGUCCUGAUGGAUCUUUCAUGUAUAGAUCAAUGUUUGAUGCAUUUCGAAAGACAUAUGCUUCUGAAGGAUAUUUUGGAAUGUACCGAGGAUCUGCUGUAAAUAUUUUAUUAAUUACGCCAGAAAAAGCCAUUAAAUUAGCAGCUAAUGACCAAUUUCGGCAUUGGUUGGCACCGUCUGGGAAGCCUUUAACGUUAAUACGCGAAAUGUUGGCCGGUGCAGGUGCUGGACUUUUUCAAAUUGUUGUUACCACUCCAAUGGAAUUAUUGAAAAUUCAAAUGCAAGAUGCAGGACGAGUUGCUGCACAAGCUAAAUUAGAAGGAAAAACUGUGCCAAAAGUAUCAGCUACGUCAUUGGCACGUGAAUUAGUUGCUUCAAAAGGGUUAUUAGGUCUUUACCGUGGUGUGGGAGCUACUGGAAUGCGUGAUGUAACAUUUUCUAUUAUUUAUUUUCCAAUGUUUGCUCGACUAAAUGCGUUAGGACCACGCAAAAAAGAUGGCUCUGGCGAUGCAGUAUUUUGGUGUUCAUUUGUGUCAGGUUGUGUAGCUGGUUCAAGUGCUGCUUUAGCUGUAAAUCCAAUUGAUGUAAUUAAAACUAGAUUGCAAGCAAUUAAAAAGUCUGAUGCAGAAGUUGAAUAUAAAGGAGUUGUUGACUGUUUUAUGAAAACAUUACGUAAUGAAGGUCCCUUGGCAUUCUUCAGAGGUGGUGCAUGUCGAAUGAUAGUGAUUGCACCACUGUUUGGUAUUGCACAAACUGUUUAUUAUUUAGGGGUAGCUGAAAGAAUUAUGGGUGUGAACAAAUAAAGAGGCAAUAUUCAGUGUAAAGCAAUAAAAAUGUAUCUGCAAUUAGUUCACUUUUAUCCUUACACAGUAUUAUUGUUAGCUCAUUUUUGCGUUUUCACAUAUUUCUGAGGCAUAGUUAUAUACUUAUACGAAUUUCAAAUUUAGUACCUAUGGUGGCAAACCAUUUACCAAAUUUCACUAAAUUAUAUUUGUUCAAUUAUUUAAUUCAGAGGCCAAUAACAGUUCAGGGUUGUUAUGAUUUUUUUUGUUCUAUUAUUUUUUGUUGGCUUAAACAAUUUACAUAUUUAGUUGUACUAUAAUAUUUUUAUGAAAAAGAAAUCAUUUAUUAUACUAUUAUAAUAAAUAAUAGUUAAAAGUAGGAAACUUAGAUGAAAACAAUCAUUUAAAUAUAUGUUACUAAUGUUAAGGUUGAAAUUAACUGUGAUUGUUUAUGAACAUUAUCUUCUUUGUGUACUUAAAUAUUACCUAUGCUGUCAUGCAUUCCGUGUCCAAUGUAACCGUGAUUAUAUGUUAAUGCCAAAUUUUUACUUUACUUAUCAAUAUUAAUGAUGUAGUAUUAUACUUGUUUUAAUUAUUUUAAUGAUGUCUAAAAUCUAUAAUAAAUUUGACAAUUAACUUUAUUAACUAA